GCCUUUAUAAAGAGCUAAAGAGUCGCGAUUGCCACACGAAAUAGCUUUGCUUCUCUCUGUCUCAUUCAUAUCUCAUCGUCUCCUUUCAUUUCUCACACUCUCUACCGUUACCAUGGAUCCCUACAAGCACCGUCCAUCUAGCGCCUUCAACUCUCCCUUCUGGACUACAAAUUCUGGUGCUCCUGUUUGGAACAAUAACUCUUCUCUAACUGUUGGAUCUAGAGGUCCAAUUCUCCUGGAGGAUUAUCAUCUUGUGGAAAAGCUUGCAAAUUUUGAUAGGGAACGGAUCCCAGAACGUGUUGUCCAUGCUAGGGGAGCUAGUGCAAAGGGUUUCUUUGAAGUCACACAUGACAUUUCUCACCUGACAUGUGCAGACUUCCUUCGAGCCCCCGGAGUUCAAACUCCUGUCAUCGUCCGUUUCUCAACUGUCAUUCAUGAGCGUGGUAGCCCUGAAACCUUGAGGGAUCCCCGAGGAUUUGCUGUCAAAUUUUACACCAGAGAGGGUAACUUUGACCUCGUUGGAAACAACUUUCCUGUCUUCUUCGUACGUGAUGGUAUGAAGUUUCCAGAUAUGGUCCAUGCUCUUAAACCCAAUCCCAAGUCCCACAUCCAGGAGAAUUGGAGGAUCCUUGACUUCUUCUCCCACCAUCCAGAAAGCCUUCACAUGUUUACCUUUUUAUUUGAUGAUUUGGGUGUCCCACAAGAUUACAGGCAUAUGGAUGGUUCUGGAGUUAACACAUAUACCCUGAUCAACAAGGCUGGGAAAGCACACUAUGUGAAAUUUCAUUGGAAACCCACGUGUGGCAUAAAGUGUCUAUUGGAGGAAGAGGCCAUUAAGGUGGGAGGAUCCAACCACAGCCAUGCCACUAAAGAUCUUUUUGAUUCAAUUGCUGCUGGUAACUAUCCUGAGUGGAAGCUGUACGUUCAAACAAUGGAUCCUGAUCAUGAAGACAGAUUUGACUUUGACCCACUUGAUGUUACUAAGACUUGGCCGGAGGACAUUUUACCCCUGCAGCCCGUUGGUCGCAUGGUCUUGAAUAAAAAUAUAGAUAAUUUCUUUGCAGAGAAUGAACAACUUGCAUUUUGCCCUGCCAUUGUGGUACCUGGUGUAUAUUACUCAGAUGACAAGUUGCUUCAAACCAGGAUAUUCUCUUAUGCUGAUACACAAAGGCACAGACUUGGACCAAACUAUCUGCAACUUCCUGCUAAUGCUCCCAAGUGUGCUCACCACAACAAUCACCAUGAGGGUUUCAUGAAUUUCAUGCACAGGGAUGAGGAGGUCAAUUACUUCCCUUCAAGGUAUGAUUCUGUUCGUCAUGCAGAGAGAUUCCCCAUUCCUCCUGCUAUCUGCACUGGAAGGCGUGAAAAGUGCAUAAUUGAGAAGGAGAACAACUUCAAGCAACCCGGAGAGAGAUACAGAUCUUGGGCACCUGACAGGUUCCUGUUCAGGCAAGAUAGAUUUAUCCGCCGAUGGGUUGAGGCUUUAUCUGACCCACGUGUCACCCAUGAAAUCCGCAGCAUCUGGAUAUCGUACUGGUCUCAGGCUGACCGUUCUCUUGGUCAAAAGUUAGCGUCUCAUCUGAACAUGAGGCCAAGCAUUUAAGGUUGUUGCAAACCCUGGGAUUGUUGCAGGAGUUGCAGAUAUGCUUAAUUGUAUGAUAAGGAUUUGGAUUUGGAUAAUUUCAAAGGACUAAUCCUUUUCUUGCAGUAUUAUAUCGUAUAUCAAUAAUUCCAUGUAUGCAACUCGGUUAACUUUCUCAAUAAACGCCAUUUGUAUGUGUUAGUAUUUAUUUAAUGGGAAAUAAUACUCUCAUGCCACAUGAGAUUACAUCAUUUACUU